GAGAGAGAGAGAGAGAGAGAGAGAGAGAGAGUUCUCCGCUCCACCGCGGUCCGAAUCUCCUGCAGCGAGUGAGGACGAACCCUGCAGAAUUUGUGAUGAAAUUCAAAAUGCUUAAAAAAGACAGGUCACUUUUAAAUUGAGGCGGCACGUGGCGUGGGGCGGGCGUGGGGGGGGGGACCUUAAAUACUGUGUCAACUUGUGCAAGUGCUUAGCUUGCAGUCUCUCCGCGGAGUGAGUGUUUCAACGCGCGCUCCUGACGUUUCUGAUGCCAACAACUUCUUUCCUCCGAGCGUCCGGCCGCAGCCAAUCGUCAUGUUGGAUAAGUUGGGGGCUCAGUGCGCCGGGGUCGUGGUCUCCAGCGCGGACCUGCAGCUCAAACUGACGGACAACAAGAGCAGCCUGGCCGCAGCGGGGAUGGGGAUGGAGACCGGCACAGGGAAGAGACUCAUAGAGAUAACUGGUCCGGCUUUAUCCAAAAGAAAACUUCUGAUCGGUUUGGAUCUCCUCUGCCUCUGCCUGGCUUCCAUCCCUUUCUUUGCGUGUGAGCUGAAAGCAAUGAGUCCAUACAGGAGGGGCUUCAUGUGCGGGGACCCCAGCAUCGCCUAUCCUUAUCUGCAACGAGAGGCCAUACCGGAUGAAUUGCUCAUCACGGGAGGCAUCAUCAUCACUGGCCUCACUAUUGCCCUCGGGGAGUGCUACCGAGUGCGCUUCAGAGGCGUCAGCUCCAAGGCCUUUGUGAGGAACCUGUACGUGUCCUGUCUGUACAAGGAGCUGGGCUGCUUCCUGUUCGGCUGCUGUGUCGGCCAAUCACUGACCAACAUGGCCAAGCUGAGUGUCGGGCGGCUGCGACCGCACUUCCUGUCUGUGUGCGGCGUCACCUACGCGACCCUUAACUGCACACCUGGAACCUACGUCGCAACAGUGACCUGCCGCCAGCUCGACCACCGGCUGGAGGAGGAGGCCAGGAAGUCCUUCUUCUCUGGUCACGCCUCCUUUGCGAUGUACACAAUGCUCUAUUUAGCCUUUUACCUUCAGGCUCGGUUGACGUGGCGCGGGGCCCGGCUGCUGAGGCCGGCCCUGCAGUUCUUCCUGCUCCUGCUGGCGGUCUACACGGGUCUGACCCGCAUCUCGGACCACAGGCACCACCCGUCCGACGUGCUGACGGGCUACAUACAGGGAGCCCUCACUGCUUAUUGGGUGGCCUUCCACAUCUCGCCCAUGUUUAAAAGCUCAAGUUCAGAUCUGUCUCCGACCGAGACCCCGGACAGCCCCUUGUCGCCGCACCACACCGUCUGCUAAACCCUCACGUCCACAAACCCCUUUGUGUUCAAACGGCUUGGGUUCACCUUGGAAAGACAAGGACUUUGAAGAAUGUGAGACUAUUUCCUGUAAAGUCAAACCCCGUACCUCAGUAUGUGGACAGUGUGAGACGGAGACUCAAGUGGCUCAGGUGACUCAAGCGGUGGAGGGACGGUGCUGCUAACAAUACAGGUUGCUUGGGGGAAAGCCUGUUCUUCUGUCCAUGCGACCUUAACUUCACAUUUGAUGCUUACCUGUGAGAUGAGACGACAGCAACCUCUACCACACUAUACCUGUGAAUAUAUAUGCCCAUCUUGUACAUUUUGAAUUAUACUGUAAAAGCACUUUUUUAGUAUUAUCACUAAUAAUUUUCUAUGUAGCAUGUAAUAUAUUUUAUACAAACAUUUGAUAUAAGUUGAACUGUAGGCUUUUUUUUUACAUAAACCCAGUGAAUGUAAUGGUGUUGAAGGAAAGCACAAUUAGCGAGAAAGCAACUCUUUUAAUGCGUGUUGUUUCAUUUAGAUGUGGUAUUUGUCCUUCUGUUUUCAUUCAGUGUGUUGCACAAUAAUGAGUCUGACUAGGUGGAUGUCUACACAAUAGAUAUAAUCUUGUUUGAAAUAUCUCUCAGACUUUUUCAUAAUGCCAGACUGUUGCUAUACUACUUAUCACUCCAAAGGCACACAGGUCAUUUAAAUAAAAAUGUCAUUUUUUAAAAUAA